CCACUCACCCACCACAAACUCCCAAAAACAGGGGAAACUGCCAAUUUUCAUGACAUCUGGUUCGGGCAUGACUUUCAUCGCCAGUACCCUACGUCAUGAUCUGGAUAAUGCUGCCGAUGAGAGUUGAAUUUUCUGCGUGAUGGUCUGGAACGUGUGAAUUGAAUGCCAGAUUCAUUUACGAGACAGUCUCAGCGCCUACGGCAUAUAUUGCCUUGAUCUUUGGGAUUCCUACUUCCAAUGUUGCGAUGCCUGAUUUGAUAGGGCACACAGAAACUGUGUAUCUGUGUAAUGAAAACUUGCUCCGAGCAUCAUUUGUGCAAAAUGCUAGGACAGCCCCCGGAUUCGUGUGUUCCCAAAGCCUGGAAAAUUCCAUGACAAACUUCGCAAACUGCUGCGCACGCAUCUCUGGGCGGAGAAAACAGGGUGGUCUUAAAUGUAUUGCCACCUGAGAAACGAUGUCAUGGCAAGAAACAUUACGUACGUCACUUGCAAAUGGGGUCGGGAGUGGAGGACGGAAAACCUUCUCCUCACUCCACGAGAGUUUAAUUUUUCAUUCCAGCUGCUGAGCAUGAGUGCGAUGUUAUAUCUCGGGGAAAUACACACCACGUGUUCAGAGACGAGAUAUUUGAAUAUAUAUGUUUCACCAUCCCUGACGAAUAGCUUCCGAUAAUCAUUUAGCAGGAGCUGUGGAGAAAUACAAUAGUUGAAGAAGUUGAACACAACCCACCAUGCGGCGCUCUCCAUCAGCACGAUCAUCGACUUGGGCUGUCAUAUUAAUUCUCUUCUUGCUAAGCGCGGUUGAUAGCACUCCUAUCAAAGAGAAAACUUACAUUGAGGAAGAGUAUGACUUCAUAAUUUGUGGAGGCGGCACUGUUGGCCUCGUUUUAGCCAACAGAUUGUCUGAAUCUGGCAGGAAUAAAAUUCUCGUUCUUGAAGCGGGGCCGGAACCCUCUGUCGUAGCAGCGUACGAGCCUGCUGGUGGCAACCAGUUCCUCGGAGGAACUUCAAUUGACUGGAACUUUCACACUGUCCCUCAGGAAUAUCUUGACGGGCGUAUCUUGCCGUACCACCGUGGCAGGUGCUUGGGUGGAAGCAGUGUCACAAACGGUCUGUUUUAUGGUCGGGGUAGUGCCAGCGUAUACGACAAGUGGGUAGAGCUUGGUAACCCUGGCUGGGGCUGGCAUGAUGUUUAUCCGCUAUUUGUGAAGAGUACUCGCUUUAAUGCGCCGAACCCUGACUCCGAAUUUGACCAAAGUUACCAAACAUGGGAUCCAAGCGCAUAUGCGGACGGUCCUCUAGAUAUUGCUUUCCAAGGCUAUGUUCCUGAGUCGGGAAUUGCAUUCAUUCAAGCUUGUGAAGCUGCCAAUAUACCUAUCGUCAAUGAGUUAAAUUCGGGAAAUAAUACUGGUGUCAAGCAAGGUACUGGUUGUCUUGAUAGUAGAUACCGACGAAGCUCUAGUUAUGAUGCCUUUUAUAAACAAGCAGCCGGUCGACUAAAUUUGGUGGUUCUGCACCAAGCUCCUGUCUCUGAGAUCAUUACAAGACAAACAAAUGAAUCUAUAGUGGCGACUGGAGUAGUAUUUACUGAGCAGUUGACUGGUCGAUCACGUAGUGUCAAGGCAAAGAAGGAAGUUAUUUUGAGCUUGGGUGCAUUUCAAACUCCUCAACUUCUCAUGGUUUCGGGAAUUGGUCCCGCUUCAGAGCUGAACAAGUUUGCCAUUGACCAUGUUCUGAUUAAUGAGAAUAUUGGUCGCAACUUGGACGACCAUUCCGUCUUCAGUAUUAUGGCUACUGUUCACCACAACGCCUCAACUAGCCAGAUGUUUGCCUCUGCUAGCAAUAUACAAGCAGCUCAGGCUGAGUUUUACAACAACCUUACUGGCCCAUACACAGCACCCUCAGGCAUAACCAAUGGGUUCCAGAUGCUCUCUGAUGACGAACUGCAGUCCAUUGGUGCACAUGACAUUGUUGCUCAAGGCCUCACGAACCGAUCGCACAUCGAGUACCUCUACGAAUCAAUGUGGUAUCCUGGGGGCCCAACUCCAUAUUAUAUUCCAGAUGAAGAUAUCUCAUACAUCUCCCUCACCGCAUCGAAUCUCGUAGCUGCAUCUCGGGGAAAUAUAACUCUUCGAUCAAGCUCAAUGAGUGAUGCGCCCCUAGUUAACCCAAAUUAUUAUUCCCAUCCGGCAGACCGCGCCUUAGGGAUUCAGUCAUUCAAGUAUCUACGGAAGAUUCUCGCGCAUCCAGCAUUUGACAGGUUCACAGUUGGCCCAUCCCACGGAGAGGUUAGCCCUGGCCCCUCCGUCAGCAGUGACGACGAUGACGCGAUAUUUGAGUACAUCAAAGCAAAUACCAUCCCAAAUUGGCACGCCUCGGCAACAACUCAAAUGCGACCACUAGAAGACGGUGGAGUGGUAGACCCGAGAUUGAGGGUUUACGGGAUUCAAAAUCUCCGGGUAGCGGAUUCCGGUAUCAUACCGUUACUCCCUGAUGUAAAUAUUCAGGGGCCAGUCUUCAUGAUUGGCGAGAAGGCGGCACAGAUGCUCAGAGAGGAUUGGGGAGACAUUUGACUUUACUAACCUUCUUUUGGGUUGUGUCCGUUGUUUUCUAGACACACAUUCCCUCCUUGGAUCCUUCUUUAUUUCACAUUGGUUUGAGAUGGGUAGCUGCUUGUAAUGCCUUUUAUUCGGUUAAUUCAAACAGACUAAUAUUUAUUUCAUAAAUAAAUUAGGAAUUGCAAAGUUCAUGAAACAAAGCUAAUAUAUGUCAAAAUUACAAUGUAUGUAGGAAAUUUCCUUAUCCAGUUGACCAAGGUAUCUGGUCGCUGAAAUAAAAUAACCACCACAUAACAGAUACCAGUCUGGAGAACUGUUAAUUCACACCGAGGACAACUUUACCUCUAGCCCGUCUAGUAUCAACUUUUGCAAACGCUUGUUCAAAUUCUUCCAGCUUAAAGGUGCUGCUAUCUUUGACAGCUGUCCACCGUUCGGCUCCAUGGUAGAGAAAAUGUCUUAACAUCCUUCUCUGUGCAGUUAGCUGGCCUUUUCUCUUCUAGAGGCUGCACAAUGCUGAUCAACGUCCCCUCACCCUUACCACAUCCCCCGACAUCCCCUAAGUUCUCAUUACUGAAGUAAUCGAUCGCCAGAUCCAUCGUCUUAUUCCCAUCUACAGCAGGCCACGCAGUUAUGGCUGUCUUUUAACAAUCGACUACGUCAUUGGCACCUAGGUCACGGACAUAUUGUUCAUUCUCCGAUCCGCAGGAUGCACAGGUGUGAAGGCCUGCAAUUCCAGCAAGCUGGACGAGCCAUAACCCAACACCACCUGAUGCAGCUGUGAUGAAGAAGAUUCUCUUCCAUUGGUUUGCGGUAUUUUCAGGACCACCCGGUCCACCCUGAAAGAACAAGGCUUGCCAUGCUGUAAGUGCCGACACAGCCAUGGUUGUAGAUUCUGCCCAGCUUAGAUUGUUCGGUCUAUGAGCAAGCUCAGAGGUCACUGCAAUGGUGUAGUCACGAGCGCAGCACGGCCGAACAUAGUUUGGGCGAGCGUAGCCUUGAUCUCCAGCUACAUAUGAGGAACCCUCUGGCGCAGUAAUGAUAGUUCCGGCGAGAUCCUAAGCAGGGAUUAUCUUCUCUUUACCCAGGAUCGGAAAUAGUUUUGGCCAACGAGGCUCUCCGGCACAAAUAGCCGUUGCGUGGACACGGAUAAGGUUCCCGUUAGAUCUCAGCUUGGGUUUGGCAAUAGGCCUCUAUCUGAGGGUAAAGGUAUCCUUCUCCACGUCUUGCCAAAGAGAUCUAGCAGUAGAUUUAAAUAGUUGAUGUGCCACGGCGCAAUCUUGAGUGACAGUGGAUGUUGUAUAGGCUUUGGUGCUCUGGAGUGGGGUUAAAAACGACUGUAUGUUGCGUGCGAGGUAGUCGUGCUUCGAGGCAAGGGGAGGGUCGUGAGUACGUAUUGAACGGGUUGGCAGCCAACUCGUGUUCAAAGAAUUCACCAAGCUAGUUGACUCUAGCAUACUCCGUACAUACAAAAAUGUUACUGAAUGUGAGUGUCGAGCAGGAUAAUAACCGUGCCAUGCUUACUCACUCUCUCUAGUAAGUGUGCCACAGUGUACAGAAAACCACACUGUAUAGAAAAUAUUUUGAAUAUCUU